AUCCUGCCUUUUGGCAGUUUUGUAAACCUUAACAGUAUAAGGUAGUGUAAUUUUGGCGGCGGACAUAGGUUGGCUUUAGUCCUGGCCGCUGAUUGGGCACAAUGAGGCUGUGCUGCGCUUUGGCGCUGCUCCUGCUGCCAGCGGCGUUAGCUGGAAAUGCUGGUUCUCUUUCGAUCUCAUCACCUUUGCUGCUAUGGAGCAACCGGGGUGUGCUAGGUCAGGGCAAGCACGUUACUUACCAGGUCUUCCCGGAGGUCGAGAAGAUGGCAUCUGAGCUAGUACUCGGCGCACUGGGAAAGUCAGCCGGCAGCGAGGCAUUGUCGAGCCUAUCGGGACAAGCACUUAAUGCAGAGGAGCCCCGUACAAUUGUCAUGUUCAUUGGGCGUCAGCUGGAUGUUGCGGACAUGCGGGGGCGCAGCGAGGCGGUUCAUGGCCUGAACUCCCUGCUUGAGGGUGCAGUGUCAUCACUGGCUGUGCCCUAUGCCACCAGCAAGGGUGCUUCCAUCCGUGAGAAUGUGUGCAGCAAGCUGGACGAGGCGGGCAUCUCGCACGAGGUGGUGGGCUGCGCUGCCCCCUCCACCGACCUCGCGGCAGAUGUCGCAGCUGCUCUGGCUAAGGGCGACAACACCCGCUCUCGCGUGGUUGUCGUGUGCUCGGGUGUGGAGUCGGCGCAGGGCAACACCAACGCGGGCCUGGCUGCGGAGGUUGAGCAGCUGAAGGCCGUGCAGACUGCAGUGGAGGCUGCUGGCGCAAACCACGUCUUUGUCUACGCGUCUCAGGCGACACCGGAGCCCGUUACCCUGGCGUCCGCUGGCGCUAAGCGUCGCUCCCUCCAACAGGCGGUAACCUACACUGGCUUCGGCCCAUACCAGGAGUGCGGACCCCUAUGCAAGACCCAAGUCCGGUGGCUGGAGGGAAUGCUGGCUGCGUUGUUCCUGGCGCUGGCUUCAUGCGCAGGCCUCGUCUGCCUGUAUGUGCUGGACACGCCCACGCGGUUCGAGGCGCCAAAGGAGGGUGGACCUCAGUAAUCUUCGCUGCAGGCUUCGUUGUGCAUGCUUAACUACCUGAAAUCUCGGGACAAUUUCACAUCUAUUACAAAAUAAGGCGACUGUCUUGGGUGUCGAGAUAGUCAUGGGGGUCUUGAGGGAAUGACUCGCUGCUGGGCAACCAGCCCGUUGCAAACACGUGCGUGUAAAAUACCACCGACGCCA